UAAAAUAUUAAUAAAUGAUAAAAAUUAAUAUUUCAAAGUUCAGAUCCAUAAUCCAUACUUGGACCCUCCAAGAAAAACAAUGGGAAACGUGAAAGAGCAAAUGAAAAGAAAAGAUGACGACAAGCGCGUGGAGCCCACUCUAAGACUUUGUUUCCAUUUUCCUAUUUUAUUUUUCAGAAAAUAAAAUGUCUUUAAAGCGCAAGUAAAUAUGACGUCAUAUUCUCGUUUUUAUCCCUCACAUAAUUAGAGCCUGCCCCACCACCACUUCACAUUUCCCAUCCCAUGUCCCACUCGCCGCAACCCUCACCCACUGUGUUAUCCGCUGCGACGCUGCGUCACGCUCAGAAAACUACAACUGACCUCUGCCGUUGAUUCUAUAGAAUCAUCGAGUGAUUAACGGCCACGAUUUAUUGUGUGGGUCCCAUGGGAUGCGGUAAAUAUAUAUAUUUUUAAUUCUUAUGCCGUUUGUGAAGUAUAAAAACAAACACUAUUACCCACCAGGCCACUACUCUCUUACGUCUACCUAGACAGUGGGGAAAUGGAUCGGAAAAAUUUCAUCGGCCACCGCCACCGGCGAUCGCCCUCCUCCGACAGGUUUUUAGAUGUUUUCUCUCCUCCUUCUACCGACGGUGCAAUUUCCUCUUCUCCGUCCGCAGUCGAGCUCAACGAAGACGACGUCUUCUACACCAACGACUUCUCCGAACAGCAGCGGAGCGGCCCCACCUCCGCAGUCAACCACCGAUUCCGUCAGUCCUUCCGCCAACCGGAGAAGUUCGGAAUCCUUGCUGCGUUGCCGGGGGACCACCGGAACUCCGACGUCAUUCUCCAGAAACCUGCUUUCCCUCCCUCCCCAACGACGUCGCUCUCUCGCGAUGUUCCGUCGAUUCCGAAGCCUAAUUCGUCGUCGGCGGAGAUGAAGUACUCUCAGUCGAUGCCGAUCCGGCGUUUCCAGCAGUCGGCGCCGGUUAGGGUUCCGAUGAUGGCGAGAAAGCCGAUGAACGGGGAGCUAGACGACGUAUCGUUGGGAGAUGACGUGGACGACGAGGAGGUGCUGCCGCCGCACGAGAUCGUGGCGCGUGGAUCGUGGAGAAACGAUAAGACUGCGUUCUCCGUGGUGGAAGGCGUGGGCAGAACUCUCAAGGGGAGAGAUCUACGGCAGGUGCGCAAUGCUGUGUGGCGCCAAACAGGUUUUCUGGACUAGUUUAUUUUUCUAGUAAAUUUGAUACAAUUACUCAUUCUUGUCUUCCGAUCUGUGGAAUCAGUAAAUAAUUUAGAAGCUUAUUCAGAGUUGGUCCAGAAAAAAAAUACCACCACAUAUGAACAUCAUUGUCAAGUUUUAUUAGUGGUGAUGUUUAACUUACAGAUUUUUCUUUUUUUGUUUAGACUUGCCUU